AUUGUAGGCGGGUACCGACCAAAUAUCACGGAAUUUCCAUGGCACGCCACGAUGUACCGCGAUGCACCAAGCGGGCCAAAGAAAUUCUUUUGUGGAGCAUCCAUUAUUCAAGAAAACCUCUUGAUAACGGCAGCUCAUUGUGUAUUUGAUGAGAACACUAGGCAGCUAAUUGACGCCAGUCAAAUUUAUAUAUUAGCGGGAAACGUUUUUCGCGAUUACGAUUAUCCCUAUCAUAAUCCAAACCUCGUUAAAAGGAAUCAGGUGAAACAUAUUUACAUCGUACGCAAUUAUCUAGGACUUAUAGGAAAUUACCUCUGGGAUAUCGCGAUAUUAGAACUCGUCACACCGUUUGUCUUGUCAACUUGGUUGGUUCCCGUAUGUAUAGACACUUUAAGCGACAGGAGUGUAUUGGAACCGGGCUCUUACGGAAAGGUAGCGGGAUUCGGUAGAACCGCAUUCGGUGACUCUAGUGCAGUCUUACAGACUCUGACCGUGCCUGUAAUUUCGACCAGUCAAUGCAAAUCCGCCAGCCAAAAUGCUAGUACGGAACAAUUUAUCACUAAUGAUAAGUUUUGCGCAGGUUACACAAAUGGUUCUUCUGUUUGUGACGGUGACAGUGGCGGCGGAUUAGUUUUUAAAACUAAUGGUUUGUGGUAUCUUCGAGGUAUCGUUAGCGUUUCCCUCGGUACGAUACGAGACGGUGGGACUUAUCAUUGCGACAACUACUUAUAUUCAUUAUAUACAGAAGUAUCCAGGCAUAUUUCAUGGGUACAAGAUGUUAUUUUAAAAAUAGAACAAAGUCAGACGCAUAAAUUAUGCUCAAACGAGUCUCAAACGAGGUGUUCUUAAUUUUUUUUUUUUUAAUUUUGAUUCGAUUGGUACCACCGAUUAUACGCAUUCAUUGAAACAAGGCACUUAUUUCGUGCCUUAGCAUUAAGUUAAUACUAUCGAUAAAUUAUUUAUAUUCUUUGUUGAAUGCGUAAUUAUGUGAAGUUGCAAUUUUGUUGAAUGGAACAAUUAAGAACUU